AUGGAAUUCUUUGACCCUCUCAGCCAUCUCACUCAGCCUGCGGUUGAGAAUCUUCCCAAGCUGGAACAGCCCGCCGCUGUCCACACUCGCUAUACCGUCAAGAGCGAGGGAGAUGCUUCCGUUAGCGCAUCCAACGCGACCGUGCACGCCAAUAUUUGGUUCAAGUCGCCGCCACUCACCACCCAAACCCUCCGUAUGAUUCGCGCGAUUAAACUCUUUGCAGAGUCGCACGAUCAAGGGUUCAUCUCCAAUGUGGGGCAGGGCAACUGGACCUGGUUCGAGCUAGUCAUCCUCGACAACAAAGACGUGACGUCGCCUAAGAAGGACGGCAAUGGCAAGGAGCUUGUCGUCAUAAGCCACCCCAACAAAGCCGCUUCCAAAGACUACGAAUGGAUGCAGGUCCGGCUUUGCGCUCGCUUCGCUUAUUGGAAGAUCUUUGCGAGGAAUGGACACCUCGUUAUUGACAUUAGCGAUGACAACAACCCUUUCCCGAUCACCCCAAUUUCCAUCAAUACCAAUGAUACGAUUCCUUCUCAUCGAAACGUCGAGGAAUGGUACGCAGAGGCGAAGACCGACAGCAAGACGGCGCUCGAGCUCUCUUUGUUCAUUCGAGCCUUAAAGGCCUUCCAGAGCCUUCCUCCUAAUGACCAACUCUCGUACUACCGCAUCGCUGCCAUUCACGGCCAUCCCCACAAUGUUUCGUGGAACAUGGGUGAAGCACCGAUCCCGCUCGAUGCCGGGGACAUCAACACCCUGAAAUUGGAGAAUAAGGGUGGUAACUACUGCCAGCAUAACAAUUACUUGUUUCCCACUUGGCACCGCACGUACAUGAUGUUAUUCGAGGAAUGGGUUUCUGCUGCAAGCCUUUGGCGCUUGCCCUACUGGGACUGGGCUCUGAAGCCAAGUCUUCCCAACCUAGCCCGGGACAAGAAGAUUUCGAUCAUCAGCUCUUGGGACAGCAAAGACCUACCCCAGUAUGAAGAAGUGGAUAACCCCAUGUAUCGGUUCCAGAUGCCUGGUCACAAGCCCAUGGGCGAUGCCAUAUACAAAAACUACCGCAUCGACAACAAAGAUGAAGAUAUCCCGUGGGAUAUGUGCAUCGGCACCAGUCGCCAUGGCAUCACACUCCGUGACGAAGAACGAAAGUGGAUUGAGGGAGUAUCCAUCAACGAGAAAGUGGACUUGUCCUUGGCAGGCGUUCACGAAGACCUGAACAACCUCACGCUUAAGGACGCUGUCUUUCGUCUACUUACGCGCGAUUACACCACCAAAUACGUGAAUUUCGCUUCUACCAAGCACGUCGCGGAAAAUCUAGAGAACGCACCGGGAGACACUGCCAAGGGUUAUCUCAGCCUAGAGCAGAUUCACAACAGUGUCCACGACUUCAUUGGCGGCAAUACAAAUCGUGCUGGUAGAGGCCACAUGAGCUCAGUCGCAGUAGCCGCAUUCGACCCCGUUUUCUGGCUGCAUCAUUGCAAUACCGACAGACUCCUUCACUUGUGGCAAUGCUCCAACCCGGGCAACUGGUUCCACCAGAAGCUGGGGCAAGUGGCUUCUGACAGCCCUCUGGAAAAUCUUGUUCCCUUCCGUGCUUCAACUGAACCCGAUAACUUCUUCAAUUCCAACAACGUUCGCCAUGUUGAUGCGCUCAACUAUACCUAUAACUAUAUGGAUCAGAUCACUGAUAAGUUUGGAGACAUAAUUCCGGGAAAGUGUCACACCUACAUCAACAAGCUGUACGGGCCCGAUGAAGAAGCCUUUAAGAAUCCAGAAGAGUCAACAGACCCUCUCAUCAAUAUCGUCUACAACCGCUAUUGUUUGAACGGAAAAUCAUACUCCUUGCUCUUCUUCCUUGGUGAUGUUGACCCCGAAGCGCCUUACAACCAACAGAAGAAUCUUGUUGGCAGCAUCUUCACAUUCAGCUCUGCCCUCAAGGAGGACGCCAUUACCUGCAAGAACUGCUAUGAACAAAAGCGUGUCAAUGUCCUGUCUCGCGCCCAAGUCCCGCUCACGCGUGCCGUGCCCAUCCAGCAUCGUGAAAAUUCAGCAGCAGCCUUGGAAUAUUUUCAGGAACAUCUCAAAUGGACUGCCAUCAGUGAGGCUGGCGAGGUGAUUGCCUGGGAAAAAUUGACAGACCUGAAGAUCACACUGUUCAUUGGAGUGAAUCAGCUUCACGGCAACAAGUUGCCCGGCCCACUGAGCUACCACAUUCGCUGGGUCUCAUCUCGCCAAGAUUACAAGUGUUAUGAGCUGGAGCCAGGAAGUUCUGGAGACCUCUGA